UGCAAUUGAGCUCCAUGCCGAAACCACCGACGUCAGUCUGUUCCAGGUUGACGACAGUCCCUCGAACCCCACGUCGCUGCUCAGAAGACGAUCUCGACGACACGCUCAUACCCAGCCACUACCUAGAGGCCCUGGGCGUGCAUCGGUUCCUCGCGGCGUGUGCGAAAGCCCACGAGCCUGACGGCCAAGACCUGUUCCACGGCGGGGGCACUGGGCAACGGGAGAGACAGCAGGGGAGGUCGUCACGGCCUUUGAGCAGACCGGAAAGGCGGCUGAGCAGGUCAUCGAGGCGUGUCUGUCACUAACGGGACACCUGGCUGGUGACUUAUCUGAUAUACACACGAUAGUCACAAUCUAUUCAUCCUGUUCUCUCUCUCUCUCUCUCUCUCUCUCGCUGUCCACAGGCUCGAUGCCGUGUUCCAGCGGGGGGCAUUCGAGCGCCUGGGACGGGCCCCACGAGUCGCCGGGGUGCCUGUCAUAUCAGCCAGCCAACGGGCACUGCACCGGCUGCUGCAUCCCAGGAUGAACGCCGACACGAUGGCCAAACAAGCCAAGGAGGCGCAGUAUGAAAUAUCGUGGGCGUGAGAGGUGACCGAGGGAACGAACAACACUGAGAGCACCAAGCAUGCCAUUAGGCCAUCAUACACUGGUCUUUGCCUUCGCUUGGCUGGUCUCCCUUCAGCUAUCCAGGAGGAGAACGCUCGGGAGGCUCAGGGAGGGGACAUAGAGAGGGAGUUUCUCCCCAUCCAUACACACAUGUCUGGAUGUGUGUGUGCAUGCGUGUUGCGUGUGUGUAUGGUACUAUGGGUUCGUUUGUUCAGGCCAUCGCCAUGCUGGAGAAAGAAGGUGCAGAAGCUCCCGGCUGCCACGCAUGUCGCCAGCGUGGGUGACCAGGUGUGGGAUCUCAUACCGACGGAUGAGAUCAAACGGUAGGUGGGGAGCGGAGCCCACAGAGGCACGGAGAGAGAGGGGACACGAGAUGCGUUCAUUACUCGACCUUUCUGCAGACGCCGGCCAGACAUGUCUGUGUGUAAGAUACGGGUGCAGCGGCCACUGGAAGUGACACAUUUCCUCAAUGUGAGCGACCAAACCCAACACACACACACACGUGCAGACACACUCUAGCACUACUGUGGAAAUGAAUACAUAUGUGUCUCUCCGUUGUCCGUUCAUAUUGCUUCAUGCAGCAACUGCCGCCUCAAGGAAGCCAUCCCCGCCACCCCAAGGUUGACAACAGACGCCCCCCCACAUCGACGAAAUCAAACGGUAGGUGGGGGGCAUUGCAAAGUGCUUUCAUUCUGUGUGGCAUCGCUCGCCUGUCAGAGACAAGAGAGCCGCCCUUGUCUAUUCUGGGCGAAGGGGGAGUGGUGCCGCCAUGGCAGCAAGGUGGGAACCGAAGACGCGUCACCCACACACGACACACUCACUCAUUCCUCCGCGAGGCAUGACUUACGCUGCUGUCCGUGUGUGUGUGUGGGUUCACUCAGUGCGUUUUCUCGCAUGCUGAGAGCUGGCGGUCCAAUGGGGGCGCGGUGUUGCUGGCGCAGCUGGACAAGGGCGGCACCCGGCAGCUCUCACAUCGUGGGUUUGUGGACACUUACCAUCCGAGGCCCCCCAUCGCAUCCAACCGCUACGCCACUGGCGGCAAAGGGCUGCACCGGCCAUCGCACGAGACGCCCUUGUCUGCCUCAAGGAACGACAAGCCAGGCCGCGACGAGAGGGCGAAUCGUCCCGUGCACCCAGGCAAGGCCACGCCGGGGCCCCGCUGUGUGCCCUUUGAGUCACCAAUGGGUGCCCUGAUCAACCGGAAUCUGUCGCUGCUCAAGGCCGCCAGCCGGCGAGCCAGCACCGCUCGGCGUCCGCCCCGCCCUCCUCUCCGACCGUCCCCCACCCAGCACCGACCCACCACCCCGACGAACACGAGCAGCACCACAUCAGCACACUCCGGAGGCCAUUUGUUGACACACACCAGCACGACAUACUGCCGGCCAUGUUGUGGACACCCUCAUCCCGUGGCUGUGGGCACCGCACACAAGCACACAGUCCAGCGCUUCGAUUUUCAUUCGAGGUAAGCUGCAUGAUGUCGCACAUAUCGCUACACGCUUUUGUGGUGGUGUACUUGCAGGUAGUUAACAUUAUUGGUGCAAGACAAAGGAGAGCACCAAGUUAGGGAAGAGGUCGCCUAGCUGGAGACUCCUCAAUUCCAUCGCCUUUCGUACCGGAGUCUGCGCCGCCUCCCCUCCCCUCCGCACGUGGUGGACAUCGACGACGACGGAGUCCAACGGCAGGAGAAAUUCGCAUGGUGGCCUCAUGCAAUGAGUGGACAGCGGGCAGAAUUCCACUCUCGUGUCUCUCCCUUCCCUUUUGCUUCGUUGCAGCUUCUGCAGCGGAGGUGUCAGGCAAGGCGACGGGCGGGCCCCAGGGCACGACGACUACAUGUCUCGGGCCAAGCAGCGCCGACGCGACCGACUCGACCACACAGUAGGUCGACCCCGACAGUGGGCCGACACACAAAAACAGAAAGAGUCUUUUGUGUGUGUCGAUUCCAUGUGAUUCCAUGCAUCCCUCCAUGCAGCUGCUCGACGAGUACAUGGACACCACCGCCCCGCCCGACGAGUAUAGGUUCCCUUUCCUCUCGCAGCCACCCGCACGCCCACACACCAUCCCGACCGCCCGGCUAAUAAUGAAGACUCUCGCCAACCGGGACCCCCUGCGCCAGGUGCAGAGGUGGCGAGGCAUGUCCCAUGAGGACACCAAGUCGUGGCGGAGAGGGAGGAGCAGAUAAAUGGGGCCAUCGAGUCCGUCCUCAACCAUCCUCCCGCACAAGGGCCACGCCAACAUGGCUCAAUCUAGGGAGAGCAUCAAUCAGUGGGCCAUCGCAGGGCUGCUCUUAGGUAUGACGGGCACACAGUUGCUGUCUGCGGACUGGACGUGUCGCCUUCUGAUCAGUUGUGGCAGGAGAGAUGCGUUACUCCAUUGCACCAGACAGGGACAUCAAAUGGCACAAGAACCGCCAAAAGCACUUCCUUUUCUCAAUGCUCCAGCGGCGGAGCAGUAUCCAGGUAUCUGUAGCUGACAUCCCAGCGACGGUGAACUGCACGCACGCUCCCCAGCAGCAGAACAACCAUCGCUGCCUACAUUUUAUAUUCUGCCGUUGUGUGUGUGAAUGAGACACGGACUGUUGUUAGCAAAGUGCCUGUGACCGAUGAUGCAUGGCUCAUAUAAUGACUGCUAAUGGAUGGAUGGAUGGAUGGAUGGCACGAUGGCCGACUUCGUC